AUGCCUCAGAGAAGAAGACGGUCUUUUAUGAAUUCGUAUACGCGGGGCUACACACCACAAAUGAGAGAAGCGAUCAAAUGUUGUGUAUGCAAGCGGCGUCGCCCGAAGUCCCAGUACUCGAACAACCAGCUCAACUAUCUUCGCCAGGCAAUGUUUGAAAUUGGCUACAGCCACGUUCACAAUCAAUCAGUCGCCAAGUGCGGCCCCUGUGCCAAUGCCCAGGUCUGUGAAGAGAUGUGCCAUCGUUGCGGCCACUAUCGUGCCAUCGAUCAGUUUGCCAGGAAUCAGCGCAGUCGCGAGAGCCCGAUUUGCCAGCCUUGCAUGAACUACCAGCUCUCUCUUGAUCCAAACGAUCAACCUCUUGCAAUUGAAGCUGCUCACGAUGAAGACGAGGACGAAGAGCCCAAUGCUGGAUCUAUAACUUAUUCUGAUUCUGGUUCUAUGAGCCAGCUGGAGGGACAGAGCUCGUAUGGGAUACUUAUGCUUUCUUUAACAACGAAGUGGAGCGUCAAUGGAAGCUCCGAGAAUGCCCUCGUCCUGCGCGAUGAUUCUGCUGGCCUUGAGAUUACAGGAAAUACGAGUGGCUUCGCCAGAGUCAAGGCCCACCGUUCUCAUCAGACACCUGUUCCUGAGCCUGAACCUGCCCCAGGAUGGGCCCCUGGUACUCGGAAGGCUGAUGACGGCAAACCGUUCAGAGGAGCACGGUUCCUCUAA